AUGAGCAGAUUAUUACCAGUGAGUAAUCAAGAGGCAUCACCUCCGGUCCAGCUCCAUGUAACGCCCACCCAUGUGGAGAUUGACAAUGGCAUUGUUAAACUGACAUUAAUGAAUCCGGGAGGCUUGAUCACAAGCAUCGGAUACAACGGGGUCGACAAUAUUCUUGAGUACGUCUUAGCUGAAGACCGAAGAGGAUAUUGUGACAUUGUAUGGAGCAGGCCCGAUCGCAGUGGCAGCAAUUUCGACAUGCUGUUUUGUACAAGAUUCACAGUUAUAGUAGAAACUGCUGAUCAGGUUGAGGUUUCAUUCACAAAGACAUGGAAUCCAUCCCUUGAUAAAGAAGUACCUCUCAAUGUCGAUAAAAGGUACAUUCUGUUGCGUGGAUCAUCGGGUUUCUACUCUUACUCCAUAUUCGAGCAUUUGAAAGGAUGGCCUGCUCUCAACAUUGAUGAAGCAAGAAUCGCCUUCAAGCUCCACCAAGACAUGUUUAAUUACAUGGUAAUAUCGGACGACAAGCAGAGGGUCAUGCCAACAGACAAGGACAGAAAAGCAGGCGAUCCGCUUGCUUAUCCGGAAGCUGUUAUCAUAUCACAUCCUAGCAAUCCACAACUAAAAGGAGAGGUGGAUGAUAAGUAUGAGUACUCGUGCAACAACGAGGAUAACCACGUACAUGGCUGGAUCAGCUCCACUAAUCCGCGCAUCGGAUUCUGGGUGGUGAUGCCUGGUGAUGAAUUCCGAGCAGGCGGCCCUAUCAAACAAGACCUCACAUCACAUGCCGGCCCUACUUCCUUAGCUACGUUUUUCAGUAAUCACUAUGCCGGUGACACCUUUGGCGUUAGCUUGCGCAAUGGAGAGCCGUGGAAGAAGGUGUUCGGACCUGUUUUCAUCUACCUCAACUCGGGUCCCAGCACUAGUGCCAUAUGGGGAGAUGCUAAGAGACAGACAGCAGAAGAGAUGAGGAAAUGGCCAUAUGAUUUCCCACAAUCACCAGACUUUCCUGGUCCCAAUCAACGCGGUGCAAUCACCGGCCGCCUUUUGGUACAUGAUAUUGUAACGGCACCAGCAAAAUCAGCCUACGUCGGAUUGGCUCUUCCCGGAGUUGUAGGAUCUUGGCAAGAGGACACUAAGGGCUAUCAAUUUUGGACACGAACUGACAAAAACGGCUACUUCAGCAUCAGUGGUGUCAGAGCAGGCACAUACAACUUGUGCGCGUGGGUGCCAGGUGUCAUCGGGGACUACAAACACCCCUCUGACAUAACCAUCCUUCCAGGAAAACAAGUUGCGAUAGGCGAAGCCGUGUACAGUGCUCCAAGAAACGGUCCAACUCUCUGGGAAAUCGGGAUCCCUGACCGCACUGCAGCAGAGUUCUACGUUCCCGACCCAUACCCUAAUCUCGUAAACAAACUAUUCAUCAACCACGCAGAAAAGUACAGGCAAUAUGGGCUGUGGAGCAGAUACACAGACUUGUAUCCUCGUAACGACCUCGUUUACACCGUUGGAGUAAGCGACUAUCACAAGGACUGGUUUUUCGCGCAUGUAACCAGGGAUGCGAACGGACAAUACUUAGGAACGACAUGGAAAAUCGCGUUCAACGUUAAAAACGUGAUGAGCAGAGGAACGUACAUGCUUCAGCUUGCGUUGGCGUCUGCGAGCUAUGCAGAGAUACAAGUAGGGGUGAACGACCGGCCUUAUUUCACCACAGGGAAGAUCGGGAAAGAGAACGUGAUUGCGAGGCACGGGAUUCAUGGGCUCUACAGAUUGUUCAGUGUGAAAAUAUUAGGAUCUCUUUUGGUGGAAGGAACAAACACAAUAUAUCUCAGUCAGUUGCGAGGUGGAAAUCCGUUCUUCGGCGUCCUCUACGAUUACAUUCGCCUCGAAGCCCCGCCGCAGCCUUGA